UCUGUGACGCAUUUAUUUGCUACCACGCAUUAAUUUGUAAUUAAUCGUGAUAAAUAAAAUAAAUUAGUUUGACUAAAUACAGGUUACUGUAAUCCGGUUGGUAAAACAGGUUUCGUGUAGCGAAGAAAUUCGUUUUAAAAAGUAACCAAAAAUAGUAAGUGUUGUUGUUUCUUUCCGUUAAAGUCAUUGUGUUAGUUUGUGUCCCAAAACCGGUGAAAAUAGCCCCAAUUUCAUGCCCAGACUGUCAUCUGUCAAAAUAAAACCGUUGAACGGAUUAUCCCGUUUCUUGGCCCAAUUUACCGUUGAAAUGCCCCAAUACACCUCUGACCACAUCCGUACGAAACUCCUGAAAGAACUGGACGCUUCUCACGUGGAAGUCAUCGACGAAUCCGACGGCUGCGGAGGCAAAUUCUCGUGCGUCAUCGUCUCCGAAAAGUUCCGCGGCAAACCACUCCUCCAAAGACACCGUUUGGUGAAUUCAGUGCUUCAAGAAGAACUCAAAUCAAUUCACGCAUUCUCACAGAAAACUUUCACACCGGAACAGUGGAAAGAACAAUAAUGGCAUCACUCCGAAUCUGUAUUUCCGCACCUGGUAAAGUGAUUUUGCACGGUGAACAUUCAGUAGUUUAUGAUAAGUUGGCUUUGGCGGCUAGUUUAGGUCUAAGGACGCGAUUGGAGUUUUGCGAAUUUGAGGAGGGGGAGGGAGGGGAGGUGGAGUUUUGUGACCUUGGAAUCUCACAUUGUUACAAUUUCAAGGACAUCCACCAACUUCUUGCCACACCAAUCCCAUUGACGAAACCCCCCGCCUACUACAAUUUAAGCCAUCCGGAAUUUUUAAGUCAUGAGGAAGUCGUCAAAAUUAUCGAAACUUUUGUCAGUGUGAAGUUUCAGGAGCCUAAACAACGUCAAGCUUUAAUUUCAUUUUUUUAUUUAUUUUGGACAAUUUUGGGAAGUACCGAUUCGGUUUUGAAACGAUUCAAAUUAACACUACGUUCGGAUUUGACAGUGGGGGCCGGAACCGGAAGUUCGGCCUCUUUUGCCGUCACAAUUGCAGCUUUUCUUCUCCAAUUUAUCAAAAUCAAAAAAUUUGAAUCGAAAUUUUUCUACAAAACUAUUACAGAGUUGAAUUUAGAAAAUUUGAACGGUUUUGAUCAAGUCGAGCUGGAUUUGGUGUCCAAAUGGGCGUUUCAAAGCGAGAGAAUCAUCCACGGAACACCAUCAGGAGUGGACAACACAAUUUGCACCUUUGGUGGUCUAGUCUCAUUCCGUAAAAGCACAACCCCUCAUCUCAUUCAACUGUCAUCAAAACUCACCCUUAUUUUGAUCAACACCAACACCCCACGUGACACCAAACACUUGGUCGGUAAAGUAGCGUCCAAACGUGUCAAAUACCGGCCAAUAAUCGACGCCAUUUUGGACGCCAUGGACCAAACAACAAUCAAGGCACUUGAUUAUCUUCAAAAAAUCGAUAAUUCAGAUGUUUUGGAAUUAUAUGAAGCAUUGGGGGAAUUGGUUGAUGUCAACCAGAAUCUUUUGCGUUGUUUGGGAGUGUCACAUCCGAGAUUGGACGAGGCGUGUGAGACAUUAGCCGAGUUUGGGCUACAUGGGAAAUUGACAGGGGCGGGGGGUGGUGGGUGUGCGAUUUGUGUGGUACCACCCUAUGGUCAGGAAAGAGUCGACGAGGUUAUAGCCGAGCUGAAAAAGAAGGGGUUUGGGGCGGUUUUUACAGAUUUGGGGGGGUACGGGGUGAGGGUUGAUCAAUAA